CUUGCACACCUUUGCAAUUAGAGUGUAGUUUGUUAAAUAAUAUUCAGAACUAAAUAUCCACCCUAGCGUGUUAUAGAUAGAUUAACACAAUUCCACAACAAUAAUACGCAUUUAUAUGACAUGGUUGCGCACAUUCAUUAUUCACUGGAACAGCUAGCUGAAAUGAAGUGACCGCAAAUAAAACACACCAUUGUAUUUCAUCUAUUGUAAUGGCAAUGGAAAUUCUUUUGAAGUUCGCCUAAACUAUUAUUGUAAUCACGCGUACGGAACCUGUCCAUGCAUAUCCAAAGGUCUCUAUAGUGUUAAUAGCUGAGAUUUGCUUCUGGGCUCUGUACCACGUGCACCGAUACUAUUAGUCUCUGUCACGAACCCAAGCAUUCAACAGACCAGCUCCACACUCGGAGAGGAGUCCCACAAUACACGCGCAGGAGCAGAGGUUACACCUCAUGUCGAGGCUUUGCAAUUUGCUUUUAAAGGCAAACGGAUGAGCAGUCCUAAUAACGGAUCAAUUCUUUGUCCACUGAUGGCCACCAACCUAAAGCAUUAGCUAGUAAUUGUGGUGUCAGGUGUGAACUGUGAGUCUCUUGAUAACCUAUUUUACUUCCAAACUGAAUUCUUCUGUGCGCCAACUUGUGACAAAAUCGCUGUCUUAUCUGUACUGCUACACAAGUCGUACCUACUGGGUAGUAUCGAAAGUGGAAGAGGGCGAUGUUCGAGUGUCCGGACAGUGGGGAAGGGAUGAGCCCUACUCACAAGAUAUCUUUCUCCAUCAUAGAUAUCCUCGACCCCCAAAAAUUUACAGGUAAAUCCCAGGCACAAGGGCUGCAAGACAAAGGGCCAAAUGAAAACAGUGAUAUGCCCGUAGUCUCCAGUGCAGAACAGGCUCUAAAGGAGACAGUAAAGCUGAGUGCUGAAAAGAACAGCAACCAAAUCGGCACUGACUCUGAUGGAAGUGAUUGGGAACAAGGCAAACAUUCCAACGCUAAUACUUCAAAAGAAUCUCCAGAAUUCCAUGGAAAAGUUCAACAAUUUAAAAAGGAUAAGGAUUCCAUACAACCUGAAUUAGACAACGACCAGAAUACCCCCACAGAGUUGGAAUCCAGGUCCGAUCAUGCUGCACCCAGACAAAAACGCCGUCGAGCUGAACCAGGCUGUGCUAAACCAAGACGAGCUAGAACUGCCUUUACGUAUGAGCAACUAGUGGCUCUGGAGAAUAAAUUUCGCUCAACGCGUUACCUAUCAGUAUGUGAACGCCUCAACCUUGCGUUGGCCCUCAGCCUAACAGAAACACAAGUUAAAAUCUGGUUUCAAAACAGACGCACAAAGUGGAAGAAACAGAAUCCUGGAGCAGAUAGCACAAUCCAGCCUGGAGCUACAAGCCUGUCGCUAAUCAGUCCAAGUCCUCCUGGACCAAGUGCACUCAGCUUUCCAACCUUUCAGGCUUACUCUGCAGGGAAUGUCAUUUGCCAGACAGCAACACCAGUCCCUUUAGUAUCAUCCACUACAGGUUUGAUGUCUCCUUUCCUGAGUUCUGCCUACUUGACACCAUUUUAUGCACCUCAUUUAUGAAAACAAAAUAUGUAUAUCUCAAGUAACUAUUUACACCAAACAUAAUAACAACAAUUUUUAUUCUUGAGCUACCAUUUUGUACAACCAUCUUGUAAUAAAGUAAUCAUCACCUUAAAGAGGACUGAAUAGCUCAACUGAUGAUAACUUAUUUGUAAGCAGUGUUUCAAAGCCUUAAAUAGACAAGUUCUGAGUUUUAACAAUAUACAAGAAAUAUGCCAAUUCAAUAUCUGUAGGUAAGAAUAAACAAACCUGACAGAAUCAGAAGAAACGUGUGUUCUGUUGGGUUUUGGUGGAGCAUUAUUAAGGCUAAGAUUAUGAUUCUAAGAUUAUGAA